AUGGGCGUCGGCCAGUCGACCGAACAUCUGGGCCACACAGGCACCCCAGAACACUUGAGCCUUGUGCUGGCUGAGCGCUUCGCGACCAAAUGUUUCACUCCGCUGGAGCUCACUCACUUCAAAGAUAACUUCUUUUCUCGCGCAAUAGAUCAAGGGGGCCUGAAGUACUGGAACGAGAAGAUCCUUUCAGAUUUCCUUGGUAUUCCAGACAGUAGCGAUUCCCAUUGUCCGCUUGAUGCUGGACCGGUGAUAUUUCGGAUGGUUUCGUACUUGGGCGCAUUUCCCUUUCAGAAUACAUUGGCUCCGAGUGUUCUGACCUUCGAGGCCAUGGUAAAAGUUGCAGUCUUGCUAACGGAACGGUAUGGGAAAGUUCUACGACGAGCGCGCAAGGACCGCAUCAAGCUUUUGUUCGGAAGUCUCGCUGAUGUUGGGAGGCGUGAUAUCGCUGCGUCUCCAGGCAAGGAGGACUUACGUAAGGAGGCAGAUGAGUCUUCCGCUGCCAAAUCGCAUGUAACAGGCUUCGGGGUUGAUGCGCCUGCCAACGAUGACUACGAGGAUGAGGAUGAGGAUGAUGAUGAUCUCGCCCUGGCGGCCUUAGAAUCGUUGGAUGCUAUUGACGUGUUCAAGCACGACUCUCGCAUCGAUAAGAAGGUCUAUGAAGCUCGAAUAUCCGUCGCUACAUUCCGUCGUCUUCUGAUACUCUUGAUUGUCAUUGCACCUUUGAAGCCUUUGGAGCCAGUGACGACGUAUACCUCAGACCUGAACGAGGCCCGAAUGGAGAGCGUUCGAAAAGAGGCCGAUACCAUUUUGGCUGCCUUCAAUAUUGAAGACUCCGAUGGUGGUAUCAGUUACCGAUCAUUUGCAAACAUUACUUCGACCGCUUUACCAUAUCUCUUCGAUCCAUUGACGCCCCUUUUCGAACAUCUUCUGUUCAGCAAGAACCUGGACAUGACCAAAAAGAGUGGAUCUGACGCAACAGUAACGGACACGAUUGAAAAGCCAUCAGAUAAUGCACCAUUCUCUCCGUCGACAACUAUGCUUCCCGGCAGUUUUGAAUCGACUAUCCUCAAGUCGAGUGUUUUAUCUCAUCUUUCGUUCUUCCUCCCUCCUACCUCGAACGUCAAUCUGCUUCGGGGCAACAUGCGCCUGCAUCCUGUUUUCUCAACAGCUGCGCACGGUUCAUCAUUAACCUCUUUCUCUCACAACGUUCUCACAUGGCACGCUGGCACACUACUCCUCCUCGAGGGUGCUGUAUCUGAAUCAUCCGAACAUGGAGAGGGCAUGGUUACGCUGGGAGCGUACCUUCCGCAGCCCUGGAAAUCUGCACCAUUGUCUCAUUCUUCAACGAAGCCUUCCGACUCUUCAGCCUUGCCCUGUCUCUUUGAACUUUCGCCAAAGCACCAGCUCUUGCAAGGGAAUUUUUCACCCUCCGUGCAAAAGCCCAACGCCCCCGUAGCAUACUUCUCCAACAGUACGGGCAUAGCGGUUGGAUGCCAGAUUCCACCUCCAUCUCGAAGCCAACAGCUGAAACCUACGCCUCUUGGUGCAGGCAGCUUAACCAUUGAUGCGAGUCUCGAAUCUGCAACUUUCUAUGUCUCGUCCAUCGGCCACAAUGGCGUUUUCCUACCCCCAACUACUACGUCACUGUCGGAACAAACUGUUAGAAAGCAGAUAGACAUCUACACCCUGGAAAUAUGGGGAUUGGUCCCUGAGCCUUCGGACGCAUCCUCAUCAGAGCCGAGGCAAAGUACGGUCGAGUUGCAGCGAGCAAAGUGGGAAUUUGAAGCUCGUGAGGCUGAACGGAGACGAAACCUAAAUCUGAAAGCCGGAGCCGGGGAUUCUGCAAUGGAGGGCGCGAGAUGGCUUCUGGAGACUGCUGGGUUGAUUGGUGAUAGGCCUGGGCAAAGGGGUGGAAGUAUUUGA